AUGUCUUCACACGACAGCGCUCAAAUACGACGACAAAUCGGAGCUCUCAAACGACAACUUCAACGCCACGUCUCGACAGUCGUGAGUACUCUCAAAGAAUACAACGUUGAACCUACCAAUUACAACUUCAAUCAAAUCGACGAAGAUGAGUUGGAAUCGUUUCGCUAUGAACUCAAGUCUAUCAAGGACAUUCUCAUGAAGACCUACACCUCCAUCAUCGGGUUACACGACAAAUGGACAUUAAUGCAGCAGUCGGAUGCGAACGAAAGGACGAUUUUCGAGGACUACAUCAGAAAAUAUGGAGACUACCGAGAUACGAUUACCGACACAGUGACUCAUCUAGAACAAUGCGAUGAACUAUUGAACGCCAUCGACAUGGAGUAUGCCCGUCGGAAGCUCAAUCCACCAUCCGAUUCCUCCGAAGCCUCUCAAGACGGCAACGACACUCAAUGGCAGCCGCAAAGUCAGGAGGUGAGAGGUUCCACAACAUUGCCUCCAAAUUCAACUCCGCACAACCGUCAUUUCGUUCCGUCAAAUGUGAUCACGGAUUCUAACCUUCUCAACUUCGUUGAUGCUUCGAUUCUCUCCAAACUAGAACUACCCACAUUCGACGGAAACCUCCUGGAUUAUCCCGAAUUCAAGGCUCGAUUCGAUGCACUAGUUGGCAACAAGCCUCAGCUGGACGAUACGACAAAAUUCUCUCUGUUGAAGUCUUGCCUGCGCGGAAAAGCCCUACAAUCAAUUCACGGCCUCUCAAUGACCGAAGGAAAUUAUCAAAUCGCUAGAGAUAUUCUCAAAACCUUGUUCGACGACGAAGUCACACUGAAGCAUAUCCUGUACACGAAGUUAGCACAGCUGCCUCCAUGUGACGAAGAAGGCCGUCAUCUCGCUUCUUUAUAUAAUCAGAUGUUUUCUCUCGUCAGACAAUUUUCGAAAGGCAGAGAUGACUCGACAGAAACGGGACUCGGAGCUCUUCUGCUCAACAAACUACCAUUUCGAGUUCGGAGUCAAAUUUACGACAGAACCGCUCACAGUCACAAUGUCACUCCUUCUGAACUGCUGAAUCUUCUCACCGACAUCGUGCGCAAGGAUUCGACUCUAUACGAAAUGGAAUAUCACUCCCGACCACAACGUUUCCCGGACGCUCUCUACCAAGGAUUUCAUGCCACGUCGAAACCUGUUCAACAACCAGCGAAGCCAUCUCAAAGGAAAAGCAAUGCAAAGAGCAACGUCAAAAAGUGUCCAUACUGUCACUCUUUCCUUCACGUCUCCAUUGAAUGCACCGUAUUCGCGACUCCCAAGCAAAGGAGAGAACAAGCAAAAAUUCAUCGUCUAUGCUACAACUGCCUUUCUUCACUACACUCCACCAAGGAAUGCAAAUCCAAACGUUUCUGCCGAUUUUGCUCCAGAAGACACCACUCCUCACUCUGUUUUCUUUCCAACCGUGGACAAGCAACCGAUCAAUCUCACGCUGCACCAGCUCUUCCUGCACGACUGAAAACUGCUACAUCUUCACCUCGUAUUCGGCGGAACCAUUCUCAGCAAAGGACACACGCACACUUCGUGGAGAUGUCAGCCGACUCAGCCGAUGCGAAUUGCUCGAGUUCACAAAUCCAAGCUGAACCAGAAACGACAAGCUUUCACUUGCUCGUUGAAUCAGCGGUCCAAAGAAAUCCAUCGAGACAAUUAACCGUAACAGCUUUUCUCGAUUCCGGCUCAAACAAGUCAUAUAUCACCAAUGAAGCCGCCGCUGUACUAGGUCUUUCGACUCAGAAUUGUGAGCAAAUAAUGGUAUCAACAUUCGGAACUGACAACUCUCUCACGAUCAAGUGCGGAAAUCAUACUGUAGGACUACUUACAGAAAAGGGAGAACAGCUGAUUGAUGUAAAGUCGGUGCCGAAGUUGACAGGGACGCUGCAGCAAGUUCAAUUCUCCGACGACGCCACGCAGACCAGUCAAACCCGUGCAAUCCAGCGUAAUCCAAUACUCAUGGAGAAGUACUCCAACAUUUUUUCGGAACAAUUACAAAGAGGAAUAAUUGAACGUGUUCCCGACUAUCAACUUCGUCUUCGGUCCCAUUAUCUAUCACAUCAUGGAGUGGUAAAAGGCACUGCUAUUCUGCACAAUACUUAUGUCGAUAAUGUAUUCUAUGGAGUCAAAUCCCUCAACGAUGGAAUUACCUUCUACAAGGAAUCGAGAAAGCUCUUCAAUGAUGCCGGCAUGAAUUUGAGGGCAUUCGCCAGUAAUUCCGAGGACCUCAACGAGUACUUCGAGAAUGAUGGCAAUGACAAAGUAGCUGCAAUCCAGAACCUCCUUGGUCUAAAAUGGGAUACUUCAAUGGAUACAUUGACUAUCCAUUUUCCCAAACCAGUGAGCGACACUAUUUGGACAAAGAGGAAGGUACUUAAGCACGUUGCCAGCAUGUACGACCCACUUGGAUUAUUUGCUCCAGUAAUCCUCGUAGGCAAGCUGUUUCUGCAGUCUCUCUGGAAAAGUGAUAUGUCUUGGGAUGAUGUCCUGCCUGCAGAAAAACUCACCCAAUGGACUCAGAUUAUAUCUUCUUGGACAGCAGGACUUCUAACAUUUCCUCGGCUCAUUUUCAACAUCCGUGAUAACUCUGUGGCAGAAUACGACCUCCAUGUGUUCACUGAUGCCUCCGCUAGUGCCUACUGUGCAUCUGCUUACAUGGUACGACGUCUUCAAAAUUGUAAGCCAGAAAUAUCCCUCAUCAUGUCCAAAUCGCGCCUGGCUCCGCUCAACCAACCGAUCACAAUCCCGCGACUUGAAUUAGCAGCGGUAACCAUUGGUGCCAAAUUGCUCUCGUAUCUGGUUCAAGCAGCUCGAUGUUCCCAUUGCUAG